AUGGAGAUUACGAUUGAUCAUAAGCAUUUUAAAGUCAGAUCUGAAGGUUUGCAUGGUGAACUGGUUCGCAUAACGGAAUGGAAUCAGUUUGGAUAUUUCUCAUGCUUAGUGAAUAGAAGUUGUGUGAGAUGGUUGAAGGAGAUGUUUUCUGAAGCUUUAUCCUGGAAUCGACGAGAUAUUUUCUUUAGAAAGUUUAGGAGGGAUGGAUAUUGUAUGUGGAUGCAACUGGAAAAUAGCAGGUUUGGGGAGUUUGCCAGGAUUACACAGAUGAUGAAUAAUGGUAGAAGAAAGGGUUUGAUUAUUCCCCAAGGCUCCCAAGGCAUUGGAUGGAAAGGGUUUAGAGGAUUGAUGGAGGAUGUUCUUUCGGGUGGAAGGAAUACAAGGAUACAGGAAAAAGAAAAUCAAAGUCUGAUGGCAGUAUCAAAAUCUAGAGUCAGGGAGCAAGGAAAUGGGGGAUGGGUUGAGAUGCAUAAGGAAAAUACUCCUGCAAAUAAUAAGGGGGAUGAAAAUAUGCUUAAAGAAGAGGUUAAACUGAGGUGUGUUGUGGUUAAGGUGUUGAAGAACCCAGGAUUGUUCAAUCGAAACGAAAAAGGAAUACUACAAGGUGAAGGUAGUAAGGAGAUUUUGUGUAUUGGGCAAAAGGUCAAAGACGAGAGUUAUAGCACAUUGGAAAAUCAAUCGGCCAAAAAAGAGUUGCAAACAAAAGGGGGAUUAUGUGUCAAGAAGAGAAAGGAGGAGGAGGAGGAGGGAGUCUGUGCACCACAAGGCCAGAAUAAAUGCAAAGAUUUGAUGAAACAAAGGCUCUCCUCAAAGUUGAAACUGAUGGUUAAGGUUGCUGAAGCUGAUCGUCGAGCAAGGGGGGGAGUGGAGCCUCUCAUGACAAUGGGCAAAGGAAGUAGUGAAAAAGGGACUAUAGCUGUAGAGGAGAUUUGCGAUGGUUGGCAGAGUCAAAGGGAAGAUUUUGAGGUCUGUUUCAACAGUAUGGAUGAGGAGAGGGACAUAAAUUUGUUUUCAGAAGAUAAGGAAGAUUGCUGCGAGAACUUCCAAAGAUAUAAAUUAGCUAACAAGGAGUUGGAGAAGAGUUCGAAGGAUUCAUUAUAUCGCUACGAUAUUGAUAACGGGAGAAAGGUACAAACUGAUGAGGUAAUAUUUUCCAAAAAAAUCAUAGUGAUGGUUUCUCCCGGGGAUAUUCUUUGUUUGGGGAAUGGGUGUGUCAAUGUCGGUGCUCAUUCUGGUGAUUUUCUUCUUUCAAGGGUGGGAGUGUCAAUAUCCAUACUGGUUCUGGGUCUAAUGGUCCAUGGGGAGAAUAGACAUUUGCGGCGUCUGGGUGAACCUGGUUCAGGUUUAUUAGGUGUUCCACUUAUUACUGCCCAUGAUCCAAUAUUCAAAAUUGAUGAUAGAUGUCCCAUAAUUAAUGUUGGUCUAAUGAACUCUGAUGCUGUGACCACUGAGACAAUAGUGAGCCUUAAGGGUGAAAAGAAUAGAUGA